CAGUUCCAUUCUGCAACGCAAGAUUCCGAGAGAGUAUAAAAGCAGCCACAGCUCUCAUCCUGCACACUGGCACCGCAGUUGGGUAUUCUCGAAGAUGAGCUACGGCAUGGAAUAUCUCACGAGCUCUCCGCAUAGGAGGGCACGAGGUGACUUGCUCCAAUUUCAGCCUAAAAACCUCGGAUCGUCCUCUACAGGGGUGCAGUUUUCCAGGAGCUCUCUCAGCACUGGGUCGUCUGGGUCAUUCAAACAGUGCAGUCUGAUGCGUAAAAAAGAAUACAGUUCUCCUGUUCUCAGAUCCACUGAUAGCACAGACCUUGUAAACCCGUUUAAAGUGCCGAAUAUAAACGAGAAGCAGCUUCUCCAGGGGCUUAACGACCGCUUUGCAGGCUUUAUCGAAAAGGUUCGUCAUCUUGAAAGCCAGAACAACAUUUUGGAAAAUGAGAUUCAGGAACUAAGGCAAAAGCAAGUUUCCCUGUCCUCGCUGUCUGAAGUUUACGAUCCUGAAAUCAAAGCUCUAAGAGAGCUUGUCGGUGAAAUUACCUCUCAAAAGGCUCAGAUUGAGCUCGAGCAUCAUCAUUUGGAGGAAGAUAUUCACCUUUUGAGGGGGAGAUAUGAAGAGGAAGCACGCAGUAGAUCAGACACUGAGGCCAGCAUUAUGACAUUGAAGAAAGAUAUUAAUGACGCACAGCUGUCCAAACUGGAACUGGACAAAAAAGCUCACUCUCUGAUGGAAGAAAUACUUUUCUUAAAGAAAAACCACCAAGAAGAGGUAUCGGAAAUGAUGGCCCAAAUCCACGAUGCGCAAGUAACUGUCGAUAUGAAAGACUUUGGAAAGCCAGACAUCACUGCGGCUUUGAGGGAAAUCAGAAGCCAGCUUGAAGAUCACACCAAUACCAACAGGCAACAAGCAGAGGAAUGUUUCAGGGCCAGGGUAGCUAAACUGACAAAAGCAGCUGAAGUGAAUAAUGAAGCACUCCAAGUCAGAAGAGAACACAUCCACGAGCACAGACGCCAACUGCAGUCAAAAACCAUAGAGCUGGAGACAGUUAAAGGCACCAGGGAAUCUUUAGAGAAGCAACUCGGUGCCCUUGAAGAGAGGCACGAUGCAGAAAUCAGUCAUUACCAGGAUGCUAUCCAACAGCUGGAGCAUGAGCUUAAACACACACAGUAUGAUAUGUCUGGCCACCUGAGGGAGUACCAGGAUCUUCUGAAUGUCAAAAUGGCCCUAGAUGUGGAGAUUGCUUCCUACAGGAAACUUUUGGAAGGUGAGGAAACAAGAUUUUCUUCAGUUGCUGCAGGCCAUGUUCCAGCAUCAUAUGAGUACAGACAAUCCUCUGUCUACACUGUGCCAAGUUUCACAAGGCAGAAAACUACCACUAAGAAGGUGGAGCCACAGUAUAAGUUUGUUGAGGAGAUCAUCACAGAAACAACCAAAGAAGUGGAAAUGACAGAGAUUGAUGACACUGAUACAGAGGAAAUAAUGAGUGAAGAAGAAAGGAUGGAAAAGGAGAGUCCAGAGGAUGAGGUGGAAACAACAACUGACAAUGGAGAGGCACAAGAGGAUGGAGAGGAAGUGGACACUGUAGAAGCAGAGAAACACAAGGAAGAUGAACAAGAAGAGACCUCAUCUGAACCUGGGGAUGAGGCGCAAACUGCAGUUAAAAAAGAUGACGAAGAAGCAGUUGAAGGUGAAGUUGCAUCAGAAGCUGUAGAAGAGAUAGAAACCUCUCAAGAUGAUGUGGUUGAUGCAAAAAACACCAAUGAUAAGAAAGAAGCAAAAGAAGAGAGCACUGAUAAAGUGGAAGCCUUUGAGGAAGUGAAGAAAACUAUUGUGGAAAAAAACACAAAGGAACCUACAGAUGUAGCAGAAACCGAAACAGCAGAGGCACCAGAAGAUGAACCUUUAGGAGAACCAAAAUCACUACCCAGUGAAAUGACUCCAGAAAUAGAUGAAAGUGAAGAAUCAAAAAAGGUACUGACUUCAGAUGACAAAACUGAAGAGGUAAAACAAGUAGACAAAACAGAAGACACAAAAGGGGAGAGUUGUGUAACAAAGAAAGAGGAAGAUACAUCUGAAGAGAAAAGUGUCACAGCAGAGGAGGAGGUAAUUACGCCAGAAAAGAAAAGUCCUCUUGAGGAAAAGACAGCAGAAAAAGCAAUCCAUGAACACACUGAGGAACAAGAUACCAUGGAACCAAAGGAGAUGACCAGUCCAUUGGAAUCAGAAGAAGAACCUGACAAAACUGAAGAUAAAAUAACCACAGAUGUCAAAGUGGAAUCCAAGGAUAUUCUGAAAGAGGAGGUGGUGAGCCAAUCAAAAUCAGAAGAUGAUGCUUCAGAACCUGAGAAGACUGAAGAGAAAGCAACCCCAGAUAUUGAAGCAGCACCAGAAGACAUUCCAAAAGAGGAGACUGUAAGUGAAUUAAAAUCAGAAGAAGAGGAUGCUUCAGAACCUGAGAGGACUGAAGAGAAAGCAUCCUCAGAUUUUGAAGCAGCACCAGAAGACAUUCCAAAAGAGGAGACUGUAAGUGAAUUAAAAUCAGAAGAAGAGGAUGCUUCAGAACCUGAGAGGACUGAAGAGAAAGCAUCCUCAGAUUUUGAAGCAGCACCAGAAGACAUUCCAAAAGAGGAGACUGUAAGUGAAUUAAAAUCAGAAGAAGAGGAUGCUUCAGAACCUGAGAAGACUGAAGAGAAAGCAACCUCAGAUAUUGAAGCAGGACCAGAAGACAUUCCAAAAGAGGAGACUGUAAGUGAAUUAAAAUCAGAAGAAGAGGAUGCUUCAGAACCUGAGAGGACUGAAGAGAAAGCAUCCUCAGAUUUUGAAGCAGCACCAGAAGACAUUCCAAAAGAGGAGACUGUAAGUGAAUUAAAAUCAGAAGAAGAGGAUGCUUCAGAACCUGAGAAGACUGAAGAGAAAGCAACCUCAGAUAUUGAAGCAGCACCAGAAGACAUUCCAAAAGAGGAGACUGUAAGUGAAUUAAAAUCAGAAGAGGCUUCAAAACCUGAGAAGACUGUAGAAGAGGUUAGCAUGGAUUUCAAAGUGGAACACAAGUACCUUAUAAAAGAGGAGAUGGUCACCCAGACAAAAUCUGAAGAAAAGGCUUCAAAACCACACACACCUGAAGAGAACACACAUGCAGAUAUUAAGGUGGAACCAAAGCAUAUUCAGAAAAAGGAUUUGAUGAGCCAACAGCAAUCAGAAGAUGUUGCUUUGAUGCCUGGUACACCUGAAGAGAAAACAACCCCAGAUAUCAAAGCAGAAGAAGAUGUAAAACAGGAAACUUUGAGUGAAUUAAAGUCAUCAGAAAAGGACAUUUUGAAACCUGAAAAGACUGAAAUUAAAGUAUUCACAGAUGACAAGUUGGAUGUUAAAGACCUUCCAAAUAAGCAGACAGUAAGCCAAUUGAUACUAGAAGAUGUUCUGAAGUCUGUCAAACCUGAAGAGAAAGAAUCAACAGAUGUCAAAGUAGAAAUCAAAGACCUUCUGAAAGAGGAGACAGUGAGCCAGGAGAAAUCAGAAGAAAAUGUUUCUCUGAAGUCUGACAAACCUGAAGAGGAAGCAACCACAGAAAUCAAAGUAGAAACCAAGGAAAUUCCAAAAGAGGUGAUGGUUAGUGAAGUGAAAUCAGUAGAUGUUGCUCUGAAGUCUGACAAACCCAAAGAGAAAGCAACCCCAGAAGAUGAAGAGUUAAAAGCAGACAAAGUUCUAGAGGAAGGGGAAAAAUCUGAUUCAGAGGAAGACCAAAAGCCAGAAUUAGCACUGUCUCCAAAAGAAGAAAAGAAAGAGGACAGCAUUACAGUACUAAGUGAAGGAACAUAUGAAAAACCUUCCGAUAAACAAGAGAAAUCUACAGAGGAGGAAAGGGAGGUAACAUCUGAAGAGAAAGAGAGAACACAAACUGACACCAGUGUGGAAACAAAACCUCAAGAGAUGCCAUCAGAAAAGGAGACACCUGCUGAUAGCUCGGAGAUGGAGAAGCCAGAGAAUUCAAAGGAGAAGGAGCUGCUUGGAGAAGAAGAGAAAGUUCAGGAAAGGUCAGAGAGCCCAGAUACUGAAGCAGAUAAAAAGAAGAUUGGUGAUUCCAAAGAAGAAAAAACAGUGGAGGAGGAAAUGCAAUCUCCAAAGGAAACCCCUGUAAAAGAGGACAAACUCUUGAUAGAUGGCAUGCAAGAAAAAACUGGGAAAGAAGUGAAAGAAGGAAAAGUCACAUCCACAACACAAGAAAAUGGUCUUGAUGAAAGUGAAGAAUUGAGCAAAGAGAAGACAAUCGACACAGAGGAGACAAACAAGCCUGUAAAGGAGAGUCAGGUAGAAAAGACAAAAGCUACACAAGAAGAGCCCAAAACAUCUCAAACGGAUACAAUCCAAGACAGUGCCAGCAAAAAGUAAUAUGUUAAAAAAAAGGUUUAAAAUAUAACUUAAAAAUGCAUGUGACAAGCUAGUCUUUCAGGGUCUAAGAAAUAUGGAAAAAUGUAUGUAUUUGUGUGAAGAAAUAAUUUAAAGAAUAUGAUUAGAUUCUUGAUGCAUGGAAAUUGUAUAAUGUACCAAAUAGGCUGUCAAGCUUUGCAAAUUUGAAUGAACGGUGCUAUGUAAUUAAAUUUGAAUGAGUUCCAGCUCUGUAUUGACUGUCUGAAAGACAUGAGUGUAACAAUGCCUAUGAAUGAUAUCUACAAUAAUGCUUUCUAGAUAUAAGAAUAAAUGUAAUUUGCAGAGAAUGCCAUUGUCCUUAGGUUUGGGUUGUCUUUAGUGAAUUGAUCAAUUAAAGAAAAGGUUUAAAAUAUA